AUUCUCGCAAUCCAGCGAUCCGAAUCAUCCGAUCCCAAGUACCGUACGUACAGUACAGGGACAUCUAGCUAUCGCUAGCCGCGCCGGCGCGAGAUGCUGUGUAAACUGUUUCUUUAGUGGUUGUCCGUCAUUCGUCCGGUGGUUGUCUAUUUUUUAAAGCUUCUUAUUACUUUAUAUUUGCUGACCAUUUGUAAAAAACUGCAGGAACAUUUUCACAAAUACAUACUUUUGUUAUUAAUUUUAUUCGUUUGAGCUGACAAACUUAACAAAUCCCAACAAUAAUGCUAAGAUUGCGGACUUUCGUACCACUCGGGAGGCGUGGCUCCGCUGCCGGUCUUUCAUCCACCACCAACAGUUCCACCCCACGCCGAAGCUCCAGGCGUGAUUGUUAUCAUCUUCCCGUUGCACCGACAGGCCGCUUUCUUACUACGAGUUGCAUCCAGAAUCAAAGCUACCGUCAGGCCGAUCCCGCCUACCCUCUCCUAGGGAAGACCAUUGGUCAGGUUGUAGAUGAUACAACAGAGAAGUUUCCUGACAGAGAGUAUGUCGUCUUCUCAAGAGACAAAGUUAGGAGAACAUUUUCACAGUUUAGAGAAGAGUGUGACCGACUAGCAGCUGGAUUGCUAGCGAUUGGAAUUGAGAAAGAUGACUGCGUUGGUAUCUGGGGACCGAGCACACUUGAAUGGGUCCUCACUCAGUUUGCCAGUGCCAGGAUAGGUGCCAUUCUUGUCAACAUCAACCCAGCUUACCGCCAAAAUGAACUGGAAUACGCCAUGAAGAAGGUUGGUGUGAAGGCUAUUGUGUCGGCACAGUCAUUCAAAACGCAGAACUAUUAUGAAAUGCUGAAUGGAAUCUGCCCAGAAAUGACUACAGCAACACCAGGGAAUAUAAAGAGUGAAAAUCUUCCAAUGUUAAAAUCAGUGAUCAUGAUGGGCCAAGGGAAAUUCCCAGGUGCUUUCAACUUUGACGAUGUGAUGGACAUGGGAAAAGACAAUCAUUUUCACAUUAUAGAUAAGAUGAAAUCUGCUCUGCAAUUUGACCAGCCUGUCAAUAUCCAGUUCACAUCAGGAACCACUGGCAACCCCAAAGGAGCAACUCUUACUCAUCAUAAUAUAGUGAACAAUAGCUACUUCAUUGGUUCCAUCUUGAAAUAUCAUGAAAAGGAGCAUCGGAUAGGAGUGCCGGUCCCCCUAUACCAUUGUUUUGGGAUGGUAGGAGGUUCUCUCUGUGCCAUGGUUCAUGGUAAUACUUGUGUGUUCUCUUCCCCCAGCUUUGAACCUGAAGCUAGUCUGAGAGGCAUCCAAGAAGAAAAGGUAACAUCACAGUAUGGCACCCCCACCAUGUUCAUCGACAUGUUGAACCAUCCAAACUUCAGUCAGUACGACAUGAGUAGCCUCUCAACCGGGAUCAUGGCCGGAUCUCCGUGCCCCAUCGAAACCAUGAAACAAACAAGAACACUCAUGAAUAUGAAAGACGUCACAAUUUGCUAUGGUUUGACUGAGGUUAGCCCUGUUAUCUGCCAGACCGAGAUGCACGACCCUGUAGAUCUGAGGGUAUCUACAGUUGGAAAGCCCGCUCCACACAAUGAGAUUAAGAUUAUUGAUCCUCAGUCCGGUGAGUUGAUGCCUUACAACACUCCUGGAGAACUGUGCAGUAGAGGGUACACCACCAUGGUGGGUUACUGGAAUGAUGAAGCCAAGACGAGAGAGGUCAUUGAUGAGACGAGAUGGUUCCAUUCUGGAGACUUGGCCACCAUGAAUGAAGAAGGAUACCUGACUAUCGUAGGUCGGAUUAAAGAUCUGGUAAUCAGAGGAGGCGAGAACCUCUAUCCUACAGAGAUCGAGCAGUUCCUCUACAAGCAUCCCAAGAUUGAAGAUGUUCAGGUGAUUGGCAUACCAGAUGAAAGGAUGGGGGAAGAAUUGUGUGCUUGGAUCAGACUGAAAGCAGGACAGGAAGCCACGCCGGAGGAGAUCAAAGACUUCUGUAAAGGAAACAUCUCUCAUUUCAAGAUCCCUCGCUACAUUGAGUUUGUUGACGAGUUCCCGUUGACAGUGACUGGCAAGGUUCAGAAGUUCAAGAUGAGGCAGGCCAUGGAAGAAAAGAUGAAAAAGUAGGAUGAAAUCUUUUUCUUUCUUUCUUGUUCCAUUUCAUUGAUGAUUCCUAACAGUCAUGUGCAGCGGGUAAGACCUUUAAUAACCAAAUGAAAAAUUGUGAAUGAAGAAGUAGUGUGAAAUAUUUUUGUUUCUUUUUUCUCAUUUCGUUCCACCAAUGAAUGCCAACUCUUUUUUCCAAAUUCUGAUGAAAAUCAUAUUUUUAAAUCUAAAAGUAUGAUGAAAUUUGUUUUUGUUUUGUGUUUCAUUCCACCGAUGAAUUCCAAUGGUAAUGUGCAUCUAGUAAUAAAAAAAGAUUGUUAAUCAAAAUGUAAGAUUAAAUUCUUUGUUUAUGUUUUUUUUAUUUCAUUCCACCGAUGUAUCCCAAGGGGUAAUGUGCAGCUAUUUCUAAUGAAAAAAAAAUAAAAUAAAAUAGGACAGAUUUUUUUUUCUUUUUUCCCCACCUAUAAAUACCAACUCUUAGAAGUAGCUGUUAAGAUUUGCAGAUUCUAAUGAAAAACAAAUUUUUAAUUUAAAUGUAUGAGGAAAUUCUUUUUUUCCUCUUUUAUUAUCUUUUCCACCUUUGUAUCCCAGCGGUACUGUGCAGCUUCUAAGAGCUGUAAUUUUUAAUGAAAAAAAUAUAAAUGAAACAGUACCAAGUAAUAUGUUUGUUCUUUCUUGUUUUAUUCCACUGAUAAAUCCCGUAGAUUAGGAGCAGCUGGGAUGUGAAUUCUUAUUUUUCUCAAUUUUUUGUUGUUGCAAAAUUCCUUUAUAAAUUGUGUAAUAUUGGCCUUGUUUUUUUUUUCAUGUGUAAGUUUAGGAAGUAUUAUUCCAAUAAGACCAGGGGGGCGUUUCAUGAAAGGACUUGUCAGACGUUUUAUCCGACAAGUCCCGUUUUAUCCGACAGUUACCAUAGUAACAGUACCUCUCAGCCAAUCAACAUCAGGGAAAGAUGUCAGAUCUGACAACUUGUCGGAUGAAAAUGUUGAUGAAACACUCCCCAGAGUAUGAUGAUUCAUUCUUGCAUGGUGAUGUAAUUAUUUAAUUGAAUUAUGACAUUUAUUUUAUUCAGUAUUUUGCUCUUAUUCAGAGAGUUAUCGUAAAAGUGAUGAGAUAUUACCGAAGUAUGGUGAUUUUAUUUUUUUAUGAUUUUUUUUUGUUUACAUUUUAUGAUGCAUAAUUGAUCUUUGACCUCAAAAGACCUGGAAUGAUCUAGCUGUUGAGUUCAAAAUAAUGUGUUAUUGAGUAAUCGUUUGUUGUAAGAAACAACGUGAAAUAGGAGUUUCGACUAAUCCUUACCUGUGCACCAAUACAUGUAUGUAUUAUUUUUAAACAAAGAUGUAUAUAUUUAUAUUUUUAUGGUGCUUAUAUUAAUGUAUUAAAAUACGGAGAAAUCAAGUCCAUUGGUCAAUAAGAUUUUGAAAAUUAUGAAUUGUACAAAUAUGUUUUUAUGAUGUAUUUGUCUUCUAUUAUUAUCAUUCCUUGUGAUAAAUUGAAUCAUGUAUUAAAACUAUUGAAUGAAAGAUUUGAUGAAAUGAGAUAUAUCUUGAUUGAGUAAUAAAAAAAAUGAACUUUUAAGAUUAUAAAUGCAAAGAAUGUCAGAAGUGAUACUAUUCCAAACAAGAAAAAAAAGGAAGAUGAAGACCAAUUGAGGAGACCAAAAAGUUACAUGUGUGCAGAUUUGCAAAAAGCUAUUAUACUUGCACAUUACAAUCUGUCCUUCAUGAGAGUUUGCGAGACUGAUAUCGAAAUUAGGACAGCGUAGAUAUGACCAAGAUCUGGAUUGCCAUUUACUUUCAUUUUAUCCUUUAGAUGUUUCAGACUUGAGACAGGUCUCAUGAUUUUUAAACCAAAACAAAACAUCCUGUAUCAUGCUUAGUUUGAAAGCGAAAAAUGCAGUUUAGUUCUUUUUGGCCAAUCUACUGUCUGUUGCCCUCCCUCCUUUGCAACUGCAUACAGUUCUUAUUAUGAGCUCUGGUAGGCCCAUGCACCUGACCCAGAUUGAGCACUAAAGAGUACCUCUUUGCCAUGUCUGUCAUGUAUGUGGUAUUGCUUUAAAGCAGUUCUCCUGUACCUUGAAAGCAUAACAGACGUAUUGGGGGAGGGUACCCUUUUAAUUUAUCUUUUUCUCUCUAUACAUACUGUAUUUCUCUUGUCAUACUAUUUUACGCAGUCCUGCCCCCAGUAGGCCGUAUAUGUACAAGUAUUAUUUAGAAACAUGUAGAGCAUAUCUGCAUAUUAUUAUCAAACAUUUUCACCUUGUUAUAUAAAAAAAAUCAAUUUACAUUUUAUACUUUAAUAGCUAAGUACUGCUAAAUUUUUAGUAGUAGAGCUUAUGAAAGUUACUUUAUAAAUACCUAACUUUUCCAUAAAACGAAACAACUGUGCCAUACUGUAUAAGUAGUGACCAUUGUGCUUUCAUUAGUCUCGUUCAUGAAUAUGCCUAAACCUACAUGUAUGAUAAAUAUGUAUGUCUUUAAUAUAACUCUCAGCCUAAAUGAAUCCAUAUAAAAUCUAUAAUGAAUUCAAAUGUGCAUAACAGUGUAUUUUCCGAAAUGGACAACUUUGACAUGUAACCAAAAAAUAUGCAAUAAACUUUACGAUCGUGCAUACCGUUAAUACCGUUAAGGUCUGAGGCAAGCCAUGUACAUGUAUGUACAUAUGGUUAGAAUCAGUUGUACAAAUUCAUGGAAAACAAAAUGAUUUUUUAAACAUUUACAUAAAAAUUAAUCAAACUAUAUGUAUGUACUUGUAAAGAAAUUGGAUGAAGGAUAAUCAAAAGGGUCGGAACUAAUAGUGUAAUAAAUUAAUGAUUUUAGUUUUAUACUCAGGAAUGAGCAAAAGUCUCAAUUUGCAUCCUUCUUCAUCUCAAUUAUAAAUACGCUAAUGCAUUUAUAGAGGCUUUGAAUUGAAGAAUUAAUCAUAGUGUAAAAAUACAAAGUAUUAUAAGAUAAAUAUGUAUGCAAAGUGAAGAUAUUUGAGUAAAUAUAUGACAGAGAAAUGAGCUUUGAAUUAUGAUGUGCCUAUAAUUUUGAUUGUAUGCCGCAGUAAAUCAUUGAGAUUAAUAACUUAAUUUGUAUAACUACAGAGAACUGAUUAUAGUUUAGCUGUACAUGUAGGCCUACACAUCAUUUUAGUAUAUAUUUAGAUUCCAUGGUGUUUGUUUUCAAAACUUUUGCUCAAAAAUAUUUGAAACUUUAUUAUAACAGCUUGGUGAUCGCAAAACUCUUUUUUAAUAUUAUAUACCGGUAAUAAUGAAAAUUGAUAAUAAAAACAACUAUAAAAAUGAUUAUGAUAAUGAUGAUGAUGAUGACAGAUGAUGAUGAUGAUGAUGAUGACAAUGAUGAUAAAAUAAUUAAGUGUGAAUCACCACCGUGUCUCUUUGAAUUAUAGGAAAAUUGAAGAAGGAAUGUGUAGAAGGAAGUGAUUACGUGUACAUGUAGUUGUCAAACUUUAUUUUGUUCCUAUUGGUGAAAAAGAUUUUGUCUAUUAUAGAUUCUCUGAUGAUUGUGAAGUCUGUCUGUUUGGCUUAUUCCAGAAGGUUAUACCAUAAUGAGGGGAAGCAACAUGGAGAGAAUAACAUCUGGUUAUCAGCCUACAUGUAGCUAGCAGCAGUUUAGAUCUCUCUUUGUUCAUUGAUUUGGGUUGUAUGGGUUGACAGUUGAGAUUUUCUAUCUUUGAAAGUUCGUCAUGUAAAUUUAUUGUUUAGACUGGUCAGAAAUGUGGUUGUACAAAUGUAUGCACUUUGUAUGGUGAGCACUGUCAAAUGUAUUUACGAUUAAAUGUACUUUGACUAUUAAACUUGAAACAUUUUUUUGCCCUUAAAGUAAAACUCAUCGUUAGUGAAUUACCAUUAUGUGCCAAACUAUGUGAUAACUUAACCAAAUAAAAAUGUGAUUAUGUUGAUAUACAUGUACAAGUGCUAAAGCAAGGAUUGAACACCAAAUACAUCACCACAGGUAUCUCAAUAGAUAUUUUUGUUCUGUUUAUUGAUAACAAAAGCUUUGAUUCUUUAUAGCAAAUUUGCUCUUAGCCAAUCAUGUGAUAUAAUAUCAGGACUGAGCAACCUGCCAUUGAAAUCAAGUUUUGUGAUACAGGGUCCUUGGUUGUGUUGAUGUGAUGUUUAUAUGCCAAAGUAGUAACAGGGCCCUGUCUUACAGUGGAGUGUGACUGAUCCAAUCAACCAACUACUGUACAUGUAUGCCAAGCCAGCAACACCAUCAUCAAGAAUGCAUGUCUGAGCUGCAUGGUCCUUCUUGUUUACAAAACUAAUAACUACAUUGUAUAGUUGUAUGCUUAUAAACAAAUAAUUAUUUCCAUACUGGCUUUUCAUAGUUGAAAUUGAUUUGGUCAAUCACACUUCUGUGUAACAUGGGGCCCCUUUAGUGACAUACCGUGCAGUGUGUCUGAUCAAUUGUUUGAUUGGGUUUGCAAUAGAAUCUUGAUGAGGGAUCUGAUGUCCAGACAUUUAGGCAGAUAAAAACAUUGCUGUACAUGUAGAUCUUCUCAAAAAUUUGUAAAUUAAAUAGCAAAAAAUAAUUGUGAAUAUUGUCUGGUAUAACUUUCAAUUGAUUAAUGAAAUAAUGAUCUUGUAAAGUUGCAGAAAUUGCCAUCUUGUCCGGGCAUACAACCCGUCCAGAUAUAGAACAAUCGGGUAUACAUGUAUAUUAUUAUCUAUUAUUAGUAAUAAUUGUAGUUUUAGUAUUUUCAAUGAACAAAGGUUUUUUAUUUAAAUGAUUGUAGAAUAUUCACUGUAGAUAUAUUUACAGCAGAUAUUUAUCAAUCAAUUUCAUUUUCGUCCAACUGAAUUAUUUAGGAGCUCUUGUUAUUUGGGCUUGGGGUGGGAGAUUAAAAGUACAUUGCUAAAAAAAUUUAGAUUAAUUUAGAACUAUGUAAUUUUUUUAGGCAUUAAAAUCAUUAUAGAGUUCAAACUUAUCACAAUGAGAGAAAUAGAGUUGUGAAUAAAAUAAACCAAUAAUAAACCAAAUUAAAAGGACUACAAAAUGGGAAAUUAAGUGAUUUAAAAUGAUUUCAAUGUAUAUCAAAUUAAAACUAAAUCAAAAUUUCCUCCAUAGCUUUUAUCAUACAACUCAAAUAUAAGAUUACUCUUUUGUGACAGGUAAAUUGAUAUGCUGCAAAACCUUAACAAUUGUCAACUAAAUUAGGCAGGUCAAGAUAUUGAAUUUGAGACAUGCCUUAAGAUAUUUUAUCUCAUGAAUCUUAUUGUACACAUUAAAGAUAAUAAAUUUGAAUAGUAAAAUGAAAAA